CUCUUUGCUUCUCUCUUUUAUAUAAGGUCUCGCUUCGCUUUUUCUCUCUUUAUCUCUCAAGAAAGAGAGACAAAAACAAACCAUAUAGAGAGAGUUGUACAGAAAUGAGAACAAGGAGAGGCCUUUGCUAUCCUAGAACAAGAGAAGUUGGUUUAGAUAAUAGGUUAGUGAAGAGAAGAAAGGGUGGAGACACCACCACCGGAGAAAAAAUGGUUUGCCGGAAAAGGCAAAGGUUAUCGCCGGAGAUUGCCGGAGAAACUGACUUGUUUGAUACUUUACCUGAUGAUCUUGUUUUGAGUAUUCUCUGCAAAAUUAGCUCUUCUGCCUCCUGUCCGUCCGAUUUCAUCAACGUUUUGAUAACAUGCAAGAGAUUAAAUGGGUUAGGCCUUCAUUCUCUGGUACUAUCUAAAGCUUCUCAAAAAACCUUUGCUAUAAUAGCAAAAAACUGGUCGGAUUCCGCUCACCGAUUCUUGAAACUGUGUGCCGACGCCGGAAAUGUUGAAGCUUGUUAUACUCUUGGCAUGAUUCGGUUCUACUGUUUGCAAAAUCGAGGGAGUGGGGCUUCUUUAAUGGCAAAGGCGGCGAUUAGUUCGCACGCGCCGGCACUAUAUUCUCUUGCGGUUAUACAGUUCAAUGGCAGUGGUGGCUCCAAAAACGACAAGGACCUGCGAGCGGGAGUGGCUCUGUGCGCCCGAGCUGCCUUUCUGGGCCAUAUCGACGCCCUUCGGGAGCUUGGUCACUGCCUACAGGACGGUUACGGCGUCCGGCAAAACGUGGCCGAAGGACGGCGAUUUUUGGUCCAAGCUAACGCUCGGGAAUUAGCCGCUGUGCUUUCUAACCCUAAUUCUGGAUUAAACACUCGUGCUUGGCUUACUUGGAAUCCACACGCCCACCCUAACCACAGGCUCGCGAGUGGCCCUGGUUGUCCUUUGUUGAGCGAUUUCGGUUGUAAUGUUCCGGCUCCCGAAGCACACCCGGCGAGCCGGUUCAUGGCUGAUUGGUUUGCUUCUCGGGGCGGUACGCCGGGUUCAGGGCUACGGUUAUGUUCUCACGUGGGUUGUGGACGACCCGAGACUAGAAAACACGAGUUUCGAAGGUGUUCCGUUUGUGGAGCUGUGAAUUACUGCUCACGCGCGUGCCAAGCACUUGAUUGGAAGUUGAGACAUAAGGAAGAGUGUGCCCCGGUGGAACGAUGGGUGGACGAGGAAGGUGAGGGUGGCGAUGUUGAGGCUGGUGGGGAGGGGAACCAAAACGCCAUCAUUGGCAGCGAAUGACGUUAAAGAUAACAGUGACGGAGACUGACGGAAACGACAGAGUCCUGUGAGUUUUAACGGCUCGUAAACGGGAAAUGAAAAUUUAACUUUUACUAUAUGGUCGUUGAAUAGCACAGAAGUUUUGUUCCUCUUGUUUGUACAGAGGGUAUAUCGGAGAUAUCAAGGGUACUUUUUUCUUUUUUAUUUUUUUUGUUAACUAUUUUUGUUCCUUUAAUUUAAAUUGUAGGUGGUGGAUUAGGGAAUGAGGUGUUAGGAUCCUAAGAAAAGUAAAAAAGGGCAGGGGCUUAGGGCAUAUGUCCUUAAACGGCUGCAUUUCGAUGGUGGUGCCCUGGGCUAGGGCCGUGUGGCAAGAAUUUUUUUUUUUUUUUUUUUAAUUUAAACUUCUCUUUAUUCCUCACUUUUGUGUACUAUAGAGUCAACUUAAUUUCGGUAAGUUAUAAAAAAAAAAGUGCAAAUUCCGCCAAUUUUUAA